GACUACGUUCCUCCUGAGCGAGUAGCAGCGAUUCAAACGCGUAAACAAGCAGAAUCCGCUCUGCAAACUUCUUAUUCUGCAACUCAGCAAAUAUGGAAGGAGUGGCACGCUCAAUAUCUGCUUAGCCUUCGCGAACAGCAUCGUAAAUGGAUGAACUCCAGCCGCAGCUCAAAAUCAGCCCCCCACGUCGGAGCAAUCGUGCUUUUGGUUGACCCAAUCCAGUCGCGCAACGAAUGGAAGUUAGCACGCAUAACAGCGAUCCACAGAGGCGACGACAAUGCGGUUCGCGAAGUGUGCCUACUCACAGCUACAGGGCGAACAAUUAAAAGGCCUGUUAAUUUGAUCAUUCCUUUAGAACUCGAUUGCGACUUCGUUGAUCAAGAAAGCGAUCCCCCGCUACAGUCAGAUUAUCAAGCGCCACUAGUUCAGAAUCGUUACAAUUUGCGAAAGCGCCUUCCGACUUCGAUUCUGCGAAAAGAAAGUUUUUAUGAAGUGCCUACUUUGAUUAGCAGCGACUCGACUGAAAAAAGCCGCGCUGUGCAAUUUGAGAAAGUGCGAAAAAGAAACCUUAUAUGCAAGUGUUAUUACGUUUUCCAGUCAUUUGAUCAG